AAAUGGAGUGUAAAUUCAAAUUAUCUCUAAUCAUCCCAAUUCCCUAAUUCCCUGACAAAAUGUGUUGGACUCAUCGUGCCCCAAUUCCCUUUCCAGUUGCCAAAAGGGAUUCCUCAGCUACUUCAAAUCUGCCGAUUCUAUCUACUUCGGAAACCAACCCUUUAAGUUUUAACGUAUUUAUUUAUUAUUAUAUUCAGCUGGAUUGAAACCAAUAGCGACUUCCCAGAUGUUUUACUGCUCCAAAAUUCAGCGGGACAUGCAUUACUGUGUGACAACAAAAAACGACUUAAGCACUUCAAGGUGGUACUGUUCCAUGUUGAUCAGUACCCUGAUCAUGAUCUGGGAUGCAUAUCAAUAUUUAGUUCAAAGUCUGGAAAGUGGGAAACCAUAAGUGUAUCUUAUCCUCCACCCAAACAGUCAUAUUGUGGUUGUGUUAUAGAUGUUGUGACAUGCAGCGGGAUCUUUUAUUGGCUGGAGUGGAUACAUAGUGUGGAUAGGGUUAUUUCAAAAGAUAUGAAGGAAAGUCCAUGUGUAGUUAUUGACUUCCCCCAGGAUUUUUGGUGGUAUGAAGCGCUUCCAGGAGGUUCUGUCAGACAACGAAUUGGAGCAGUAGAUGGAGAGCUGAGGUUAUUACAAGUUGUGCUGAUGCCAUAUAUUGAGAAAGCAGAAGUGGUUUUAAACUUCAAGGUGUGGAAGUUGAAUUCUUCAUGGGUUUUGGUUCACGAUAAGAGAUACAGAGAUGAGAGAUUCCUGCGGUGGCCAAACAAUCAGACGCUCUAUGCCCCCUUUCCUCAUUCAACUAAUGGCAAUGUGGUUUUUAUGGUAUGGGGUAAAACUGUUCUUAAGUGUAAUCUGAUGAUGAAUGAUGCAUAUGAAGUGGUACAUGAGAUUCAAGAGCCUGAAACCAGAACAGUCUGCUUUCCCUUCGUGCAUCCAAUUUGGCCAACACAGCUUCCUUCAUGAGUCUUGACCCCUCAGCCCAUUUGUUAUUAGUAUGGAAGGAAAUCUACUUAUUUAAGAAAACUCAUAAUUACAUUAGAAAUUUUCAAGUGAUGAUAGUUGCUGUCAUGCAAGUUAUUGCAUUUUUCUCACUUGAGCAAACACUUCUCUUCUUUUACUUGAGGAUUCAUAUGCUCUCAACCAAUAAUGAGGUGCUUGUGUUUUAUAUAUCCCUUUCUAUAUAUAUCCACCGAAAGGACUAUAGAAUGGUGAAAACCUCUAUUAGUUGGUCUUAUGUGUUGAAGUUUCAAUACAUGUUGUUAGUUAUGUAAAAAUGUAGAAUGGAUGUGGUGCAAAUGGGUGUAUAAUUUUACAACUAUAGUAGCAAGGAUGUUUUUACUUGGACAAAAAUUCGUUGGUCUGGUCUUGUCUGGUUUGUUUAAGUCUGG